AAAUUCCAAAGUGAUUUUAAUAAUUCAAAUUAACAAAUUAUCUGCUUGGUUUUUCUCUUUGUUUCUUUCUUCUUCUUCUUCUUCUUCUUCUUCAUCUUCAUUUUCAUCUUUUUUUUUUUUCUAAUAUGAAUCAUCGAGUGCGGUACACUUUUGGAUAAACUCGAAGAGGUCUGUUUAGUUUGUUUUCCCGCUCAGAGACGGGAGACGUGCAUCGAAGAGGUUAACGAAGAAACGACAGCCAGCGAUACACUUUGUGCGGUGUGUGAGUGUGCGUAUUUGUAUCUGUAUGUGUGUGUGUGCGCGCGCGCGCUGCUAUCUGGUCCUAUCUUUGCUCACAGUGUCUUAUUAGUGCACUUCCUUCCCACUUUCUCUCUCUCUUUCUCUGUUUCUGUUUCUGUUCUGUCUCCCCCCCCUCUCUCUCUCUCUCUCUCUCUCUCUCUCUCUCUCUCUCUCUCUCUCCCUUUUUGUCGCUCUCUCUUUCAACGGUAUCAUUCGGAUUUUCAGUGAUGUAGCUGUGUUAUUCGUCGGGUGUUUGCAACUUCUCAAAUUUCAUGAAGUACGAGUUCGCGAUAUGAAUUAUUUUUGAACAUUUUUCCCUAUUAAUAAAUUUUCAUUCGAUUAACGUGUUUAUUUCCGGUCAAAGCUUUUAAUGAAGAUUAAAUUUUUUAAUUGGAGGAUGGACGUAGAAAUGAUCGGCGCACGUUGGUUCUCGUUGUUGAUAAUAACGUUGAUUAUUCAUUGAUAAUGUUGUACGAUAACGUUUGAAAUUCGCGAGAUGAUUCGCGGUUUCGUUAUUAUCCCAAAUAUAGAAAAUUCAACGACGAGCUAUUGGGAUAUUUAUGUUAACGUUGUUUGCAUUCCUAUCGGUGUACCGUGUCCUCCGUGUGUGUGUGCGGUGUGAUCGGUGUGACGGGGCACGUGGCCAGUAUGACUCUCAAAGGUCACAUUAUCGUUAGCGAUAUUUAGACCGUUGGAUCUAAUGGGCCGACGUUUAACAGGCUAUAGCCAGUUAACGUGCGUCCAUUUAAUAAACACACUCAGUUCGUAUGCGUCUGUUCCACAACACGGUAUCGGGUUACUACGGUGUUCAUCCCUUUCAACCUCGUCGUUGCGAAGUUCGUCGUUGAUCAUUCCCGCAUACGGUACCACCAUCCAUUCGUUGCUCAUUCGUUUCUGUCUCCAUCGGUCUUCCGUGGAAGUGCCGUGAAAUACGAAGAAGCAUGAACUCGAGCAGAAUGUUCACUUCUCUGGGGCCAACUAAUUCGCAUCCCGCCAUUGAUGAUUACAGCGAGUUAGUGAAUUUAAGAGGUCGACUGUGCGACGGAUAUUUUGGAUUAAAAUUAAAAGGAUUUCUCACGGAGACAGUGUACGUAUGUGCAGUGCCAGAUGUUAGUUAAGUGAUAUUUGUGCCGAGAGAUAGAGAGAAAUAAACACACACACACACACACAUACACAUACAUAUAUAUUAUAUAUAUAUAUAUAUACACUCAAUACACAUAGAACAACGUGUAUACAGUAUCAGUGUGUCGAGGACAGUCGGAUCUUCCUCGUAAUUUCCGUGUCCCUGGUCAGCCCUAAUCUGGUUUCGGCGUUAUUUGCUAAAGGGGGAAUGAAGGACAAUACGUAGGGACUGGCCCUUCUCGUUUUGGAGAUGUGCCGCUAUCUACUGCACACCACCCUCGCCCUCCUCCUCGUACUCUUGGCGAUUCAUACGAUCACCGUUGUACGAGCUGGCGAACAAGAGAGGGAAGUCUGGUAUGAAGGCGCUAGACGUGCGAUCGAGGCACGAAUCCGUGCGGCUACAAGCUCAAACGGAGCAGGAACAGGAGGAGGAGGAGGAGGAGCACGCGGGGUCGUCCUUUUCGUUGGUGACGGCAUGAGCAUGAGCACGCUUACUGCUGCGAGAAUACUCUCGGGUCAACGUCAUGGAAAUACAGGGGAGGAAGCUCAACUCGCAUGGGACAGCUUUCCAGCGGUGGCACUUUCUCGCACUUACAACAUGGAUGCGCAAGUCGGGGAAUCAUCGGCGUGCGCGACAGCAUUGCUUUGUGGCGUUAAAGCGAAUUAUGAAACGGUGGGUUUGGAUUCCUCGGCUCGUUUUGAAAAUUGUUACUCGAGUUUCGACGCGCGCGUCCCAUCACUCAUAAAUUGGGCACAGGGCCAAGGCAAAUCUACGGGCUUGGUUACAACCACAAGAGUCACGCAUGCAACACCAGCAGCCCUUUACGCUCAUGCAGCAAGUCGUUAUUGGGAAGAUGAUGGCAAAGUUCCACCUGCGUCUCGUCCUUCCUGCAAAGAUAUCGCUCGACAACUUCUUGAAGAUGAGCCCGGACGUAAUAUCAACGUAAUACUUGGCGGUGGGAGACGUCAUUUUGUACCCAAAGUGACCUUGGACCCGGAAGAACCGGACAAAGAGGGUAGACGAUUAGACGGUAGAAAUCUAAUUGAGGAAUGGUCACGGAACAAUCGCAUGCGGAAAGUUUCCGCGCGAUACGUCUCCAAUAAGGAACAAUUUGAGAGCGUUGACGUUCGAAAAGUUAAUUACUUAUUAGGACUAUUCGCUUAUUCUCAUAUGGAUUUUGACGUGGAUCGCAACACAACUGGUACCGGGGAUCCUUCUCUAACAGAGAUGACGUUGAAGGCAUUGCAUAUUCUCGCAAAGAAUCCGGAAGGAUACUUUCUCUUUGUAGAGGGCGGUAGAAUUGAUCAUGCUCAUCAUUACAACAACGCUUAUCGCGCUCUAGACGAAACAUUAGCAUUAGAAGAAGCAGUUCGAGCGGUUGUAAAUGAGGUCGACCUUACGGAAACUCUCAUCGUCGUGACGGCCGACCAUUCUCAUGUCUUAACUCUUGGUGGUUUAGCAACGCAUCGUGGCAAUCCUAUACUCGGCUCUGACAGCAAGGUGUCGGAUGUUGAUGGACAACCCUACACGACGCUGCUUUACAGCAAUGGUCCCGGAUACACGCAUCCACGGAAUAUUUUACGUGACGCCAGCAAGGAUUCCAUACAGACAGCAGGGGUUCCACGUGCCUGGGCUACACACGGCGGCGAAGACGUCCCAGUGUUUGCAAUUGGUCCACUAGCCAGCAUUCUCUUCUCCGGUAGCAUCGACCAAAGUUACAUACCACAUGCGAUCUCGUACGCUGCCUGCUUAGGCCAUCAGGCGAGUCGUUGCUUACGAGACGAUAGUAGUAGUAGCAUCGGUAGCAACGACACGAUGAACGCACCGAUAAGCUGUCCUUCGGCGGAACCGAACAGUGCAGCGAUAUCGAGCGACGUGAUGAACGAUCAGGCACGAAAUCCUAGCACGAAAUCCGUCGCUUCCCAACCACCUAGCAAACCCCGACAACCCCUCGACGAUCUUCUCUUUGCAUUCCUCUUACCCUGCCUCGUUGCGAGCCUCCAACAAGUUUUCCACCUACCCCUUUCCAUCGACUAGCCUGGCUUCUGCCGCUAUUCGCUUUAUACCCUUCUACUACCACCACCAUCAACAUUAUCAUUAUUACCACCACCAUCACCAUCACCAUCACCAACACCAUUACCAUUACCACCACCAUUACCAUCACCCUGACAUCCUGCCUGCCUGCCUGCCUGCCUGCCUGUCUCCCUGCCUACCUACCUACCUACCUACCUAACUACCUACCUACCUACUUUCCUGCUCGCCUCUCUGUCCGCCUACUUGCCUCCUGGCUCUCUUUUAACCCUAACAGGCUUUCAUGUCCCGUUGGACGAACAAGAGCAGCCUCGAUCUAGCCUGCGUAUAAUCUCCUUUGAUCGUGCCCAUUCCAAGAGACACUACUACUACUACCUACUGACCACGAGAGCGUGACUCUUCAAGAGGGGUGAAAGCCACAGAGAAGGGAGAAAACUGAUAAAUAACUAUAUCGAGUUCAUCGAACUUCGUCUCCGGUUCUUACCUUACGGUGUUCAUUUUCUUCGGUGGAAGGACCGCUCGAUCAUGGGGAAAACGAAGACGCUGAUGUAAAUUUCAAGGUUUCGUUAGAGAAAUUUUAUUUAAUAGAGUUAAUUAUCUCUCUCCUCGUUAAGGAUGAGAACAUUUUGUGUAUAAUAAUAAUAAUAAUAAUAAUAACAAUAAUAAUAAUAAUAACAAUAAUAAUAAUAAUAAUAAUAAUAAUAAUAAUAAUAAUAAUAAUAAUAAUAAUAAUAAUAGAUAGGUAAGGAAAAGGGAUUUGAAUUGUUUUGCGAACGUUUGCUCGAUAAAAGUGGAAUGUAAUUGAAAUAUCUGUGUAUUGCGAUCAGCUCUGGAUAGAUUUUUAUAAAUCGAGUAAUCAUAUGCAAAGUAUUGUUAACCCUUAAAUGCAUAAGAUUACAGAAUGACAACAUAUUAAUGUUUAAUAGAACUUAAUGAGCCAUGUAACGUAUCUAUGCAUUGCAAUUUUAUCUUUUUCUCUUUUUUCUUUUUUCUUUCUUUUUUGCUUUUUUCUUUUUUUUUUUUUUAUUUUUCUAAUUAAAUUUUACAAAAAUAAAUAACGACAAUGUAAUAUCUCAAUUAUAUUCAUUAUCACGUUUACUCGAUAGCUGAAAUAAUAAUUUGAUCAAUAAAAAUCUCUAUUGAAAAUAAAUCGUGCAUUAAAGGGUUAAGAUGAAUUUUUGUCAACUUUUAAUAAUCUCGUGUGUGAUUAAACAAGAAAAAGAAAAAGAAAAAGAAUAAAAAAAAGUAGAAAAGAAAUGAAACGAAAAAAUAAAUAAUCAAUGACGAUCUCGAGAGAUCUGUCCAGAGUUAGCAAACAGUCAAUAAUCACGAAUCUAUGCAUAGAUCUUCGUGAUUUCGUGUAUCUUUUAAAUUCGAAGGACAACGAGAACGUACGGAGAGUAAGUACAGUGUAAAGGCUAAGAAUAAGUUGUAAUCGAUGUAUAGAUGAAAAAAAAAAAAAAAAAAAAAAA